AUUGAAAACAAAGAAUGGUUAAUCUAUCUACUGCGUAUUAUUUAUUAAUUGGUUUAAUACUAUCAUAUAUGGAACUAGACAGUUGUUUUGUACUCCAAGCUCCAUUGCAGUUCGAUAAUCAUGGGAAUCGAAAAAUCAAAGUUGGACGCGAAAAGUAUAGUUUAGAUUCAAAAAAUCAUCUGAAAUAUCGGAUUCAAGACUGUAAACUCACUUUGGAUUUCACUCCAGCUAAUAAAACUGAGAUCACCAAUAAGGGUGUUCGUAAAGUUACCUUAACUGAGGGAUGCGCGAAGAUCUUGGAGACGUCAGGAAUACUGGGUAGCUAGAAUUGAUUAUUGAGUCAUAAAUAAACCCAGAGAGAUGUUCUGUACUAUUAUGUAGACAAUUGAAUGCAAGUAAAGCACUACAAA